AUGGCAGGGCCGGGCAGAGCGGGCUCGUGUCGCGAUCCGGACACGCGUGGUGCCGGAACCACGCCGACCUGUGGCGUGUCCCGCUGCUGCGGGAGCCUCUCGGGGGUUAAAUCCCUCUUGUUCGCCAGCAGCAAAGAUUUUGGCUGCUCCCUGGAUUUCGUGGAAAGGAACCGUCCCAGCGGCUCUGCUUUGCAGCGUGCUGAGCCCCUGCUGGCGGUGCCGAUGGAGGGCGCGGAGCUGAGCCCGCUGAUCCGCGAUGUGUACGCGGCCGCGGGCCGGGUCCCGCCGGCGGCGCGGAGGGGCAGCGGCUGCCGGGAGCUGAUGGUCCGGCUGAGCGAGGGGCAGUACGUGCUGUGCCGCUGGACAGACGGGCUCUACUACCUCGGCAAGAUCAAGAGGGUGAGCGGCUCCAAGCAGAGCUGCCUGGUCACCUUUGAGGACAACUCCAAGUACUGGGUGCUCUGGAAGGACAUCCAGCAUGCCGGUGUCCCCGGGGAGGAGCCCAAGUGCAGCAUCUGCCUGGGGAAGAAGUCGGGCCCCAGGAACGAGAUCCUCAUCUGCGGCAAGUGCGGGCUGGGUUACCACCAGCAGUGCCACAUCCCGGUGGCCGCCGGCGCCGAGGGCCCUCUGGGGACGCCGUGGUUCUGCCGCCGCUGCAUUUUCGCGCUGGCCGUGCGGAAAGGGGGGGCCCUGAAGAAAGGAGCCAUUGCCAGGACGCUGCAAGCCGUGAAGAUGGUGCUGUCCUACAACCCCGAGCUGCUGGAGUGGGACUCCCCACACCGAACCAACCAGCAGCAGUGCUACUGCUACUGCGGGGGGCCCGGAGAGUGGUACCUGAAGAUGCUGCAGUGCCACCGCUGCCGGCAGUGGUUCCACGAAGCCUGCACCCAGUGCCUCAGCGACCCCAUGAUGUUUGGGGACAGGUUCUAUGUGUUCUGCUGCUCUGUGUGCAACCAGGGACCGGAGUACAUCAAGCGCCUGCCCCUGAGAUGGGUGGACAUCGUCCACCUCGCCCUCUACAACCUGGGUGUGCAGAGCAAGAAGAAAUACUUUGACUUCGAGGAGAUCUUGGCCUUUGUGAACCACCACUGGGACCCUCUGCAGCUGGGGAAGCUCACGGGCACCCCGGUGUCGGAGCGCGGCCCCCACCUCCUGAACGCCCUCAACAGCUACAAGAGCCGGUUCCUGUGCGGGAAGGAGAUCAAAAAGAAGAAAUGCAUCUUCCGCCUGCGGAUCCGCGUCCCCCCGAACCCCCCCAGCAAGGUGCUGCCGGAGAAAGCCCCCGGCGAGGGCGAGAGCGGCUCCUGCGAGCUGAAGAAGAGGGGGAAAAGCAAAUACGCCCAUAAGGACAGCCUCCUCCCGCGGCAGCUCCAGCAGCAGAAGCGAGCGCGGCGCAAGAGGGCCAAGUUCCUGCUGGAGGACGCCAUUCCCAGCAGCGACUUCACCUCGGCCUGGAGCACCAACCACCACCUGGCCAGCAUCUUCGACUUCACGCUGGACGAGAUCCAGAGCCUGAAAAGUGCCAGCUCAGGACAGACGUUCCUGUCGGACGUGGACUCCACAGAUGCCACCAGCACCUCAGGCUCGGCCACCACGAGCCUCUCCUACGAGUCCAGCCGCAGGACCGUGGGCAGCCGCAAGCGCAAGCUGGCAGUGCCCGCCUACGCCUCGGGGGCCAAGAGGCGAGGAGCGGCAGAGCCGGGCGGGCAUCGCCCCGAGGGCAGCGAGAACCCGGCCGGCCCCGAGCGCCCCGACGGCGGCAUCGACAGCCACACCUUCGAGAGCAUCAGCGAGGACGACUCCUCGCUGUCCCACCUCAAGUCCUCCAUCAGCAGCUACUUCGGGACCGCGGGCCGGCUGGUGUGCGGGGAGAAGUACCAGGUGCUGGCACGGCGGGUGACGCUGGAGGGCAAGGUGCAGUACCUGGUGGAGUGGGAAGGCACCACCCCGUACUGAGCCCUGCCAGCCCCCGAACCUCUCCCGGAGCCAGGGCGGAGCAGAUCGGGCUGCUGGGGAAGCCCGAGGCACAGGAGAGGUGCUGGUCCCUCCCGCGGGUGGAGGCAGCGCCCAGGCGGGCAGGGCGGCCCAGCGGUGAAACCUAAAGCCCUGACACUCUGUUUUAUUCAUGUUAACGAUUUUUAGUUCCUUGGCUGUGUUUAUGCAGAGCGUAGCCCAGCCGUGCCCUGCUGAUGGAGCCGGUGGUGCUCAGAGCACUGAGGGGGUCUGGUCCCUCCAGAAGGGUCCCCCUGGCACAGCUGGAGCAGCUGCUUGGGGGGCACCCCACACCCUCGGCCUGUGCCUGGCACAGCCUGGCUCACCCCAUUGUCCCGGCCUGACCGAGCAGCCUCGGGGGGCUCCUGCUGUCCAAACACCAACCCCUCCCCAUCCCUGGGCUCCCAGAGCUCAUCCCUGCACCCUCGGGAAACUGGGAUUUCCCACCUCAUCCUGAAUCCACUCAUUGAAGGAACGUGGUUUGCUUGAUAUGGGAGGAAAUGCCCCAGACCCAGCCCAGGUGUGGCUGUUGCAGCCAUGGGGCACAUGGGCUCUCACCCCACGGCCUGGACUGAGUGUGUGCUGCCCCAGCUCCAUCUCCCUGCUCUGACAAUCAUGAUCUUGGAAGAGAUCGUCCAAAAAAUCCUCCUUUGCCUUAAAACCACCAUGAGCACUGCACAGAGCAGAGCCCAAGGCCUUUGUUCCUACAGGAAUCUUCAUCCCAAAUGUGCCAAACCAGCAGACAAACCAAAAAAGGCUGAGGAGGACAAGGGGUAAAGGCUGUACUGUGUCCACCCCUGUGUCCAUCCCUGUGGCCUCCUGGCUGUGCCUCUCUCACAGUGCUGAUGUUUGUGAGCACUGGGCUUGAUUUGUCUGCAGGAGAGAAGGAGCAGCCCCUCCUCCAACAGAGCAAUACUGCCAGCUUGGGCAGGAGCAGAGCAGUUGGCUUUUUAAAAAAGAUUCCAGUAUCAGAUAGAUGUGUUAGGUUUUUAUCCCUUAGAGAGACAGAGGGGUAUUUUUGAUGUCCUCCUCCUCUCUCCCCACCCCACCGUGGCUGUCCCAGGGGAUGGAGGGAGGGCCAUGCUGGGCUGUGGGGUCCUGUCCUACCUGUGCUGGUGGGAUCUCACUCAUCCAGAGCACAGUGUCCCUGUCCCUUUGGGAGAGGGGCUGCCAGGUCCCCCCAUCCCUGGCAGGGAGGGUCCAGCAGCUGGAGAACUGCCUGUCCUGCCUUAGCUUUGCCCUUGAAGGAUCACUUCAAACAUUUCCCUUUCUGAGUGCCUAUGGAGCCCUUCCAAGGGCUGUGCCAGGGCUGAGCAGGGUUGUGCCAGUGGGAGCACCCACAGGAUCUGGCCCUGGCCCCUCUCUGCUCCCUCUCCGUUCCCUCUCCUCCUCUCCUGGCUUCUUGCAGAGAAUUGAAUGUGGAGCCUUUAAAAGUAUUUUUGUUGCAGAGUAUAUUUUGCAUUCGCUGUAAUAGAGAUUAUAACAACUCUGUGCACCUUCUGAUUUCAGGUUGCUGCUUGUAAGCACCUCUCACUAUACCCGAGUUGUAAUUAAUAUGUCUGAUGUACAAUUAAAAAGUGGGGUUUUUUUCAAAGUCA